AUGCUCCGAUGUCAUCCUCUUCCUUCCGUUGCGGCUUUCAAUCAAUUGUUGGGUAAACUCGUCAAGACCAAACAUUAUUCUCUUGUUAUUUCUUUGUAUCAGCAAAUGGGUAUGCAAGGAAAUGCUACGGAUUGCACUCUAAACAUUGUGAUGAAUUGUUUCUGUCAUUUGCACCAAAUGCGCUCUGGAUUAUGUGUCCUUGGAAAACUCAUUAAAUUUGGUUUCGAACCAAAUGUUGUGACCAUGAAUACUCUAAUGAAGGGGUUUUUCGUUGAGGGAAAGAUUGCUGAAGCAGAAGAGUGCUUUAACAAAUUGAAGAAAGGAGGCUGUGAGCCAAAUGUGAUUACUUAUUCCAUAUUGCUUGAUGGGAAUUGUAAAAUGGGAAACAGUGUUGCGGCUAUUCUCUUGCUUAAAAAAAUGGAAAAGGAAGAGAACUGCAAGCCAAACAUUGUUUCCUAUAGCACUGUUAUUGACGGCCUUUGCAAGGAAGGCCUGGUUGCAAAUGCUCUCGACCUCUUCAACGUAAUGAGAAGAAAAGACAUUGUUCCGGACGUUGUUACUUAUACAAGCUUGAUUCAUGGGGUGUGCAUGAUAGGUGAAUUGAAAGAAGCUAUGAGGUUGUUUAAUGGAAUGAUCGACCGAAAUAUCUGUCCUAACGUACGAACUUAUAGUAUCUUGGUCGAUGCUUUUUGCAAAGAAGGGAGGGUUGCCGAGGCACAAGAUGUGUUGGAAAGUAUGAUUGAAAGAGGCAUCAAGCCAAAUGUUGUGACGUAUAAUUCACUUAUGGACGGCUAUUGUUUGCGAGGAGAAAUGGAUGAUGCUAGAAAAGUGUUUGAUACGAUGAUCGAAAAUGGUUUUGAAAGUGAUGUAUUUAGUUAUAGCAUUUUGAUAAACGGAUAUUGUAAGAAGAGGAUGAUAGAUGAGGCUCUUUGGCUGUUUGAAGAAAUGACAUCUAAGGGAUUAGUUGCAAAUGUUGUUACUUAUAGCUCUCUAAUUGAUGGUCUGUGUAAAUUAGGGAGAACUCGGCACGCUCGUGAUCUAAUUCACGAGAUGCAAGCUGUUGGGCAGCCACCAGAUAUUCAGACAUAUUGUAUUUUACUUGAUGGCUUGUGUAAAAUUGGAGAGCUUGAAGAAGCAGUAAUUUUGGUUAAAGAUAUGGAAGAGAAGAAGUUACCUCUCAAUAUCGCGGUCUACUCUACCCUUGUUGGAGGCAUGCUCAAAGCUGGAAAUCUUGCAGCUGCAAAGGAUCUCUUUUCCAAGUUACCAUCUAAAGGCUUACAAUAUAAUGUGAAGACUUAUACCAUAAUGAUCGAUGGACUUCUUAGAGGAGGUCUCGUAGGUGAAGCUCUUAAUUUGCACAAGGGAAUGGAAGAAAAAGGAUGCCCUUCAGACGAAUGCACUUAUAAUUUAAUGAUCCGGGGACUUGUUCGUAAUGAUGAGAUAUCUAGAGCGUUGCAGUUUAAGGAUGAAAUGGUGGCAAAGGGUUUUUCUGGAGACAAUUCAACUUAUGAGUUAUUUGUCGAUUUGGUUGCUAAAGGUAAAUUAGAUUCUUCCUUACAGCUGGUGGUAAAAAAGAAUUGUGUAAGUUGAAUAUGUUGUUUUACUAUGGGAAAAUCAAUAUA